AUGUCUCUGUACCCCUUUCGUCGCCAACAUCCACCAAAGAAACCUAAUCAAUAUUACAAUCUCAGGCGCCUUGAGAAUCAGCGCAUCAGAAUAUGUAGCAGCGCAAUUAGACAUUGGUAUUUAUUAUCAACGAGGAGGCGUAGGCACGGGCAGAAAUAUCCAGAAAGCGGUGAUCAAGAGUACGUCCCUGCUCAAUAUAGACUGCACGACGUUAUAGAAGUGGAAUCAGAGUGUGAGAACGUGGUCAAUUUGUGUCAGAAAUCAGUAGAACGGGGAACAUGCGAACAGCAAUACAUACUUACUCAGAUACAUAGGACCGAAGAAUAUGCGGGCAUUAAUAACGAGAAGAGAUCUACGGGAAGGUGA